AUGGCAUUGUUUUCAUGUGGGCUAUUAGGAACCUUCCUCCUCCUUUCUUCCUUCCCCUUCCUUGCGCUCUCGGCCCCGUCUCGACGCAUCCUGGCCUCUUCCAACACCGUCAUUCAGCAGUACCUGGCGCCACACAACGCCGUGAGGUCGAGGCUUGGCCUCCCGCCCCUCCAGUGGAACCAGGCCCUCGCAAGCUACGCCUCCUGGUGGGCCCGCCAGCGGCGGGGAGAUUGCGCCCUCAUCCACUCGAGCAGCAACUAUGGCGAGAACCUAUUCUGGGGCGCCGGCCGGGCAUGGAAGCCGCAGGACGCCGUCGCUGCAUGGGCUGCUGAGGGGCCCUACUACAACUACGGCUCCAACACAUGCGCGCCGGGCCGAGAUUGCUCGCACUACACUCAGUUGGUCUGGAGACAGAGCGUCCGAGUCGGGUGCGCUAGAGUCAUUUGCGUGAACGGGGACACGUUCGUAACUUGUAAUUACGAUCCUCAUGGUAAUGUCAUAGGCCAAAGGCCUUACUGA